UGGCUGUCUUUGUUUACAAUUGGGAAUUUAACCGUAUUUAUUUUUAAGGCAGCCUGGCAAAAAUGCUUCAAAAUGUGUGCCGCGUGUGCGCCAGCAGCACGGACAACUCGAAUUCCCUGAAGCUAUUCACUAGCAGCUCGCGAAAGGCGCUGCAGCAAAUAAAUUUACUCACCGGAGUUUUACUGCAAUGUGAGCCGGAUUUGCCCGACUGGAUGUGCCAGUCCUGCCAAUCGGACCUCGAGAGUGCCAUUGCCUUUCGUGAGCGUUGCCUGAGCAGCCAGAAGAUAUUCGAGAAGUCAGCCUCAUGUGGGCACCGCCGCCGCCGUAGUGCCCGCUCCCAAAAGCGGCGCCAAGAGUGCCCCGAUCCCCAGACUCCAGCUAGUCCCCUGCAGGUCAUGAUCAAGCUGGAGAGCCUUAGCAAUGGCGACGAGGAGGAAGACAACAAUGAUGAUGGUGUCGAUCAUCUGGAUUCCUGCAACGAGGCUGACAUGGAGCAGGCCAUCAAGGAGAUGAUUUCCUCGGAAGAGGAAGAAGAUGAAGAAGAACCCUCCUCGCCAGCCAGGGUGAAAAGAGCCCGUCGCCGUGGUCCGCCCAAGAAGUCUGAGAAGAGCGAAAAGCGGCCAAAAGUCCCGCUAACGGUCUUCUUUUGCGAUCAGUGCGGCAACAACAUCACCGGCAAGUCCUCCUUCGAUCGUCACCUGCGCAAGCACAGCGGAAUUAGGCCCUUUCAGUGCGAACUCUGUCCCGCCCGCUUCCUCUCCUCCGGCGAGCUGAAAGGCCACCAGGUGAUGCACACCGGUGACCGGAAAUUCCCCUGCCGCUACUGUGACCGCACCUAUGUCAAUUACAGCGGACGGCUGCGGCACGAGCGAACCCACACCAACGAGCGGCCGUUUGUCUGUGCCACAUGCGGCAAGGCCUUCACGAAUUCUUAUAUCCUCAAGAACCACAUGCUCAUCCACACGGGCGAACGUCUCUUCAGGUGCGAGCUGUGUCAGCGUUCGUUUGCUCGUCCAACCCACUUGAAGACCCACUACCGCUCCAAUGCGCACAAGCACAACGUGGAGAAGUCAAAGAUUGAACCCUCUCAGUCGGAGCAGGGUAAAUCGGUGUCUGGAGAAGCGGAUAUAGAGCCGGAGGCUAUUGCCUUUACAAUAGAAGUGCCUUUACCCGUGGAUCAGGAGCAGCAGGAUGCAACUUUGGAUCUGGCAGCUUUAGCGACAACCCCAUUGGUGUAUAGUACAAAUUAGAGCCCAGAGGAACCAAUCUAAAACCAUAAGAAAAAAGCCAAAUAUAAUUUAGAGGUAUUGUCUUUGCUCGAAGAUGAGUACAAAA